CCGGAAUCCCCGGUGGUGUACCCAGAACGCAGCUACAAUCAGCAGACCAGCACAACCGGUACUAGAUUUUUUUCGAAGAUUUGAUCGUCAUGAUGGAAAUACUAAAAAUGAAUACUUUAUUUUCAGCAGUUUUCUUUUUCACGAGGCACCUACUUACCAGGGCCGGGGACGAGACAGCACCGCUGGACCUAAGGAAGGACAUCCCGGCAGCGAUGGGUGCGGCGGGGAUUACCCUAAACAAGACGAAGCCGAGGGACAGGAGGACGGUGCUGAUGGAUACAGAAGUAGGGAGAAUAGUAAUAAACACGCACGAAAUUGGCCGGAUUCAGGAAGCCCGUUUUCGGAGGAAGGAGCCAAGGGGUGGCGACCCGGUCGACGCAGCAGAGAUCAUGAAAAUGAUCAAAGCGGCCCCUAGCAAGCAGGUGAACUGGGGUCGAGGGGCAUGGCAGCGCGCUCUUGGUGCAGUACACCUGAAGAGGUCGCCGGGCCUGAGUGGAAUACGGCCAGAAGAGGUGAAAAUCGUGCCCCCCAGUUAUUGGGAUCGUUGGACGGAGGAGCAGAAGCAGCUCUACAACAACAUGGAGCCAAUGCCCUUCGAAAAGUCAAACUUGAUAAUAGGAAUCAACAAGACUUUGCAAGACGCAGGACUGGUCACGAACCUACGCCCUGUUGCUAUCCCGGAGGGCUGUGACAAGGUUGGCGAGGGAUUGCUGCUUGAAGAGCUGAUGCCGAUCGCGCAGCUGAUUGACCACCAGAACGCCUACACACGGGGCCGCUCGUCCUGUGUCAGCCUCUACCGAGUAGUAAAGUUCAUGCGGGCAUGUGUGCCCGGCAUGGUCCAAGCAGCAAGGAAGGCCGACGUAGAAGGCGGAUUCGAAAAUGUGCUCUACUCGCAUCUCACGGCGAGAAUGAUCAAGCGAGGAGCGUCGAGGGAGUUGACGUUCCAGGUCUACACAUGGCUCACGAACCGCACCCACGCCAUAUGUGUAGACGGCCAGAUAGUGCGACGGUGGUCGCCCCAGGUGGGUAUGGGGCAGGGCCCCAGGAUCCCACCCCUGCUGUGGUGCAUUUUCUUGGGAGAGCCAAUCGAAAAAUUGGACCCGAGAGUAAUCACCUUCCGGCCCGAAGUUUUCGCGGACGACGUCCUUUUGUUGUUCUCCUUCCCCGCCGGGGAGUUCACAGCGAAGAAAGCAGAGGCAGAGGAGUACUUGCUCAAGUGGCAAGCGGAAACCGGGCUGGUCUUCGGGAAGGUCGGCUGGCUCAAAGCCACCAGCGGAUCUACAUCGGAGAGCGAGAUGAUGGAGUAUCUCGGCUUCCUGCUCCAGUCCUGCGGCAAAACGCUGAAGGAACUGGAAAAGAGGCAGGUGCGGAUCGCAUCCGCGGCGAAGAAGCGGGACGCGGUCGAGAACAGCGCACGGACCCCGAGCGAGGACAUCCAGUACUGGAACGAGAAGCGCCGGUCGCAAUUGAGCUACGCAGCGGCGGCGCUGUUCCUUGGGGUCCAGGACAACGCCAAGGCGCUGGAGGACUUCAGGGGUGUUGUCGCAAGGGCGCUGAGGUCGGUACUGGGGCUAUCAAACACAUUUCCGUUUGCAGCGGCGUUCCGUUUGAUCGGGAUGGCGGACCCCGUGGAGAUUUUGAAGGUCGAGCAAGAAGCCAUGGAAUUUUAUCUCCAGGGCAGUUUCGGAGAAUUCAAGGUUUCACGGGGUGAGAUCUACGCUCUACCGGAAUGGUACGAUGAAGAGCGGAUUGAGGUGGUGGACGCGGCCCAAGCCUACAAGGACUUCGGGUUGCAGCACGGACAAGAGGAGAAGCUUGCAGAAGAAAUGAGCAAGAAGUUCGACUCCGGUAACUGCCCGCAAAACACUCUGCGGGCAAGCACAGACGGGGGAAAAGGGCCGGAAGGUGCUGCCCGGGAGACGCCGGACCACUUGAUGCGGGCCUGCUGCUACAUUGAGACGGACCAGGGUGGGGCUGCUAAGGUCUGGAUGGUCUGGUCGGAAUUGCUCGGCUACGACGCGGAGGUAAUAGCGCUGACACAACUGCUAAAAUGGCUGCUGGAUGAGACCAGGAGCAGCCACACAACCAUCCAGAUAUUUAUAGACAACAGCAUGGUCCUGCAGUCCCUCAAUAACCCCAAGAGCCGGGAGGAGGCGACGAAGAGGCUCCGGGAGCUGAUCAGCGACCUUCUGAAACAAUUCCCAACCGUCAGCAUCCUCAUACAUUGGGCGCCAGCCCACCGCCGGUUCCGCCUCAACUGCAUUGCGGACCUACUGUGUAAGCAGAUGAACGGGUGUGAAGAGGAGCUGCCAGAAGUGCAGCCGAUCAGUAAGAUGCGCCUCAAGUACCUUGUCAAGGAGGAGCGGAGGGCAAACCUGCAAAACCAUGUAGGAGGACCAGCGGAAGAGAAGACCACGCUUUGCAGAGGGCAAAGAAUAAAAGCACUGGGAAGAGUGCCGCUGGCGGGGCUCUCACCAGCACAGGAACGGGCGGCGAUGUCCCUAUGGACGGGAGAAUCGUAUUUGCCGAAAUCCCUAGUCACGAUCAAUAACCGGGGAUGGCCCUCCUGCCGGAAGUGCGGGCAGGAACUGAGGGUAAAGAAGCAGGAUGCGGCAGGGACAUGGGUGAAAGGUUUCCGUACGGGGGAGGAGGAAGACGUGAGGGGUUUCUGUAGGAUAGUCGACCACCUCCUCAUGGAGUGCGAGACAGUACAAGACGCCGCAGAGUUCAAGGGGCAAGAUGUGGUGAUGAUGAUAAAAAAGGGACCAAGAAAGCAGCUGAACAGACUGCUGCAUGCAGCGGGACAAACUGGGGAAGCGAUACCGGGGGACCACUCCUGGCCGUACUGGCCACGGACGGAGAAGCCAAGUCAGGAGGUGGAGAAGAGAAGCAUGCCAGCAGCCUGGGUGGAAACAGCGAGAAACGCCAUCAAGAAACGAAGACUAUCACAAGAACCAGCGGACGGGGAGGGGCAGUAGGGCUCGCCUGCAGCUCGCGCGUUUUCUCCUUCCUUUUCUAGGCAUCGCGGAAAGUAUCUUCAAACUCCUGGAACGGGCUGUAUCUUCAUUUUCCUGGAUCUUUACUAGAGGGAAAAAGUGAGCUUACUACCUAGCUCUAGGUACAGGUUGGUAGCAAAUUUCUGGAUCUUUGUAGAGGAAAUACAGCAGCAGCAACAAGAUCCGGGGUUUGUUUGUGUCCAUCUCAAAAGAACAAAUUUUUGUUUUUGCUAAGAUCUUACCUUCACCUAUCGACGUCUCAGGAGUAGCAUCAAGAUCCGGAAAUAGUUUUUGUGUCCACCACUUUGUACAUUUUACUUUGCCAAGCUCAUUCAUGUACCAAUGCUGUAGAACACUCAAAUGCUGCUCUCACCUGGAUCUUUGCCGAGAAACAAGUGUGACAAGAUCCGGAAAUUGACUUUUCUCUUCUCUUCUGGACAAGUUAUAGAAAAGCAAGCGUGUGCGAUUGCAUUUGGCACGGUAUGCGUUGAAAAUGUUAGACGAAGUUCCUCCCAGUUUACGGCUAUAAAUUGUAGAUUUCCCUUCACGAUCAAGGUAAUUUUUGUUGCUUUCUCUUGUUUUUCCACCUUUUUCACACAACUUUAAAGCACCAAGUCGAUGGAUUCUAGGCGUAAGCGGUCAGCAUUGCACGAGAAGAUCAAGAGGGUGCGCUUUUGCUUUUAGCACGGUACUCGUUGAAAAUGUAGUCUAUCUACAAGACCCGGAAGUCCGACUUUGGGCACGGGCUGUUGCUCCAUUUUUCUGGAACUUUGUUAGAGGUAAAAAGAGACCCUACUACCUAGCCAUAGGAGCAGGAAGGUAGCACUUUUCUGGAUCAUUGAAGAAGAUCUACUACAGCAGCACCAAGAUCCGGAAUUUGUUUGUGUCAGCCACAAUGUUAUUUUUCCUCCCUCUUAGAUCUUUCACGUAUCUAUUUUUUCAGCAGCAGCAACAAGAUCCGAAAAUUGCUUUCGUCUUUCACUUUGUACAUUUUUCUUUGACAUAAUUACUCAUGUGCCUAUUCUGUUGCACACACACUACCAAGGAAAAAAACAAACAACGACCUACAAGAACGAAAAGCUUGAAGAAGAGAAGUUUUGAAGCGCGACCAGUAGCGCUUUUGAAGGUUUCUGCAUGGUCGCGCCCUGUUUUCUGGCCACUAGUCGUGUAUUAGUCUCGUUUUCGACAACGAACUUCCAAGACUGAUAGUGUACAACGAGCAAGAACAGGAGUAGAGCAGACACACCAGGUGGAGACACGUGCCCACCAGCGCAGGUGGGGCAGUAGAGGACUCGUACAGCGAGGCGAGUAAUGAAAAAAAAAAAAAUCAAGACCGCAAAAUAAAGAGAAAAAAAAGGAAAAGAAAGUAAAGCUAUCUACUUACAAAAAGAAAACCUGAGAAAAAAAAAAACAGAACAGCGCGCGAACUCAGGACGUAAAGACACAGCGGAGAAAAAAAGAAAACAACCAAAGCGCAUGAGAUAGCAACAUAAAAGCGGCAACAUCAAUAAGCAAUAAGACUAGAAAGCUCCCUGUGCAGGUUGAUCAAACAAAGUGCGAUAAAACUUCGGUUAAGCACGGCGCUUGGAGGAUUUCGCAUACCUGCGAAGCGCUUGCGCUUUGCGGUCAGGCUCCGGCCAGUUGUCUUGUAUUCCAGUCCGACACCUGGUAGCCACCGGAGGCGAAGGGGCUGCCGGGUGGUUGAGUCGGGGGUUAGGUCUCGUGCCAUGGAUGAGGAGGUAAUGGCGCUUGAUCUUGAAUGCCAGCGGCAAGAGGAGACGUCAACGGCAAACUCCCCCCUGGUGGCCGGGCACUGCUAAAGCGGGCGGUGAAACGUCACUGGGGGUGUAGGAGUGGUCCUUACCACUACUACAGAAUCAUUUACCACUGAGCAUUACACUACAGUAUGUGAGAGGCUUUACCGCUCACCUUGAGAAGCGCGCGCGUCAUUCUUUUUCAUGAUUGCAAAUCCAAAAGAGUUGUGCUCAUGAUGUCUUCCGGAUUUACUUAAUUGCAAAAUGAAAAUUCGAAUUACCACAGCGGCUGCGACUUCGGCAGGUGGAUGCGAUUUAUUCGAUCUGCAUCAGGAGCAGAACUUGAGUACCAUCACCCAGGGAAAUCUCGUCAACAUCUCAGAAUUUAGCACCACAGUAGCGCCUGGAGGUGCUGGUGACGAGAUUGUAGGCCUCACAACGCCCCCUUCAAACAGCAAAAACAACCAGCAGGAUUAUGAACAGUCGCAGUGCGAAGGGGCAGUCGACAGUUGUUGCUUGUGGUCCACCAACACCACCCGUGUAUCUCAGCAACACCAGGCGCCGGCCAACUUCUGCCUGCAAACGCCCACGAAUUUUGUGCGGCGGCUGCGCUCGCCGACGUUCGACCCGAAGGUG